AUGGCCGAGAUACGUGCCAGGGCCUCCAGAGCCAGGUACAGCAAGUUCACCGAGCCAGUUGUGCGUGCAGCCAUGGACUGGUGCGAUGACAUUGCACCUGAGGACGUUGUCCAUGGCACGUUCAUCAGGAGCUCGACCAUGACGCUGGAGUCACUGUUGAACGAUCCGGUCCCUCAUCCUGUGCACAGGCUGGGCCGUUGCAAGGUCGAACUCUGGCCAGUGCUCAAGGACCGUUACCUGGCAGAGGACAAGCCCAUCAGGUUCGUGGAACAGUGUUCAUUGGCCAUGUCAAAUGUCAUUGCCAGUCAGCUGAGUGUGUCCGAUGGCUACAUGGUCACGAGGCAGUCCAAGUACCUCGGCUCGCAGCUGGUGUCGACGAGGACCGGUCUUCACAUGCCCUGCUGGUACGGUCCAGGAUCAGAGGCAAUCGAGGCAAUUGACAGCGACGUUGUUCCAACGGGCACGCACCAUGGAUCACCUGCAAUGAGAGUCCUUGCCAGGCUGUCGGCCAAGGCAAUGCAGGGUUCAUUGGACAAGGCCAAGCACCGCAGCACACAGGCAAUGUCCGUGAGCCCUGCCUCAUCACUGAUCACGGGUCAAGACAGGGCCUUGUGCAUUGUCAAUGACCCCGUCGCUGGUCAUCUGAUGCGGGUCCUGAGAUCUGAUGCAGCAGGCGAUGUACUGGCCCGGGUCAUUGCCACGAGCUCAGUCAAGAUCGUGUCCGAGGCAAUAGCACGUGGCAUGACAUUGAACAAGACCUGGUCCCUAUGCCUCAGUUCAGCAGUCAUGAUCCUGCACGAGGAGCAGAUCCAAGGUGACGAGCACGAGACCGUGGCCCUUGCAGCGGUGAUCAUGGCCCUGGCACGGAUCAUUGGACGUGGACCAAGCCAUCUGAAAACCGUGCCAAUGACUGUGGAUCGGCCAUCAGAUCACGUACCAGGUGUACAGUGCACGAUCUCAGCCAUCGGCAAGGCCAUCGUGAACGUGAGCGUGGACCCUGCCAGGUUGCAGAACGUCAUCGUGCCAGUGCCCGUGAGCAACCAGUCAGUGGACGCAAUCGACGUGCAGAUCGAAGCGUAUCUGCCCAUGACCUGGCAUCUGUCCCUGUGCCUGUUCAGCUUACAGUCACCAGCACCAGUCGACGGCGGCUCAAGUAUCUGCAACCGUGCCUUGCAUUCCACAGCUCGUCUGGCAAGGUCCUCGGACAACGUUAUCGAUGACGUGGCCAGCCAACGGAUCGGACUCGUCAGGAUAGAUAGCCUGACUGAUGCACUCAGUCAGUUCCAGGAACAGGAGGAGUCCGAUGCCUGGGACCCCAGUCGUGUGCUCCUCGACCUGCUGCUGUUGUACGAGGACCUGGGAAACGAGGCCCAGAGCAAUACAGCAACGUCUGCCAUCCUUGCAAUUGCCUCGGACGCAUCCAGGGAGGCAGUCAACGACUUCCUCAUGGCAGUUGAGCAGGACGAGGGCAAUGGCGUAGCACGUGAUGGCCUGCCUGGUAACAUUGGCCCUGCCGUUGCCCAGUUGCUGGCGUUAUGGGGCAUCGUGGUCUGA